AACAUAAAAAGUACUUUUUGUUAAUAUUUCUCACAGUAGGCAACGUGUGUGAAAAUCUUAGCAUUGUAUAUGUUACUUUGAAUGUAUGUCUACCAUUCAUUUAGCAAAGAUUGCGAAACAUUUCAAGUUUGUUAUUCAUCACAGUCACACAACCUUGUUUUGUGUAAAAUGAACCUCAGUUUAACUCUAACACCAUUAAUGGUUUGUACCAAGGCUUUUGUGAUUAAUGGCAGUAACCAUGAGGAAAAGAAGUAUGGCAGGUAAUUGUGGGAUCAUUGUUUUUAUGAUUGCCCUUGUCACUGUGGCAUUGGCGUUCGGUACGCCCAGUUGGCUCGUUAGCGAUUAUAGGAUACGAGGAGCCAAGCUAGACAGACUGGGAUUAUGGAGUCACUGCUUCAGAUCACUGCCAGAUCCUUUGGAUCAGUAUCAAAGACGAUUUUUCGUUGGCUGUCGUUGGGUCUAUGAUCCUUUUACAACUGGAUACGAUAAAAUUCGUGGGUAUCUGCUGCCAGGUUUUAUGAUCGCAACUCAAUUAUUUUUCACCCUAUGUUUGAUCGGCGUGUUGAUUUCAACAGUUUUGGUCAUAGUGUUCUUCCUAUGCUGCGGGCCCGAUCAAAAUCGAUAUGUUAUGAUAAUCAGAGUCAUAGGAUUCUUAAUGUUAGCUGCAGGCAUAAGCGGCGGGAUAGCAGUCAUUGUGUUUGCUUCUUUGGGAAAUACAGAUGGAUGGAUGCCUGAUCAUGCUAACAAUUAUUUAGGGUGGUCGUUCGGCCUAGGCGUGGUAGGUGCCGUGGCCUGCCUCGUGACUGCCGCGCUGUUCCUCACAGAAGCGAACAUACAACUGAAGAAACGUAAGAGACUAAAGGAAUCCCAAACGCGCUUCGAGAUGGAACACGAAUCAAAAGCGUAACAAACCAACCUAAGCUCACACUAGUAUAUCUAUAGUUCUUGCAAUUCACGAGCGCGCGUGAGCUUUACUUGUGGUUAGGUCGUAUACAAUUGGGAUAAUGCCUAUGUCUAAAAUAUAUUAUUUAUUAGGAGUCAUUAAAUAACUUCCAAAAUUCGUAAAAUCCACGUCCGAUGUUAGUUUUAA